CACCAUAGAUCUCAGCAGUAGCUGAUCUUCUGGGAGUUAGACUGGGACGUGGACUUUCUGGUGGGCGCCUGGACGGUGACAGAGCGGGUUUUCAUUUUUGAGCAACGCUCCCCUUCCUCUCUCCCUUCUCUGUCUUUCGACUGAGGUCUGAAAGGUUUAGUAUGUGAUUUGAUCCGUCGAAGACGGAAAUAUAGAAAAAACAGAGUCCCGAAGCUCUGCAACAAUGGCGAUUCUCUAUGCAGUGGUGGCGCGAGGGACCGUCGUUCUUGCUGAAUUCAGUGCCGUCUCCGGAAACACUGGUGCCGUUGCACGAAGGAUCUUGGAGAAGUUACCCUCAGAACACGAUUCCAGGCUUUGUUUCUCGCAGGAUCGGUACAUAUUUCACAUACUGAGGUCCGAUGGUCUCACCUUUCUCUGCAUGGCGAACGACACCUUCGGAAGAAGAAUUCCGUUUUCCUACUUGGAGGAUAUCCGCAUGAGGUUCAUGAAAAAUUAUGGCAGGGUGGCUCAGAUUGCACCUGCUUAUGCAAUGAAUGAUGAAUUUUCAAGGGUCUUACAUCAACAGAUGGAAUUCUUCUCCAGUAAUCCCAGUGCAGAUACUCUUAACCGUGUGAGAGGAGAAGUUGGUGAGAUACGCAGUAUCAUGGUGGAAAAUAUUGAGAAGAUACUCGAAAGAGGUGACAAGAUUGAACUUCUCGUUGACAAGACUGCAACAAUGCAAGACAGUUCUUUUCACUUCAAAAAGCAAUCUAGGCGUCUUCACCGGGCUCUUUGGAUGAAAAAUGCCAAGCUCUUGGCCAUGUUGACAUGCUUGAUAGUUGUGUUGCUGUACAUUAUCAUAGCUGCUUGUUGUGGAGGCAUCACUCUUCCUUCAUGCCGGUCUUGAUGCAAUCUUGUUGCUCUGUGAAGUUCUCUGAGCUCUGCAAUAGCCACAUUUCAGAAUGUUACCACCACUGUAUGUUCAAAAGGAUGCUUCACCUGCCUGAGGAGUUGGAUUUUCUUUGUUUGCGAAUUGUGACAUCUGUUGUGUCUGCGGAGGCCCCACAAAUGAUCCUUCUGAUCAUAUUUUUUUCCGAUAAGCAAUGGUCCUUCCGAUCAUCUCUAUGCAGAAACUCUGAACAAUAUCUUGGGCGAGUAUUGAUUACUUUCUUGUGGGUGAUCCGUAUUCUGCAAAUGCCGGGAUUUUCUGUAUAUUAUUUUAUUAUUUUAUUGUUAUGUUUGAUUGACAAUUUACAACUUAACAUGCGUCCUUCAUAUGUUUCCACUUCCCAGUUCUAGUAAAGUAGUAAUUAAGCUUCCAAGUUGUUUGUUAAUAAGAGUGGUGUUUAAGAAAUAAAAAAAAAGAGUGGUGUUUAUUGUCU